CCCCCCCCCCCCGGCUAUGCUGCGUCUGCCCUUCAGGCUACCAGUCAGGAUGUCGGGCAGGACUUUGGAGAAACAGUCAUGGAGCAACAGCAGUCAAACCCCUUCCCCAAGUCUUAUCCACAGACUCGACCACAUUGUGAUGACAGUAAAGAGCAUCCAAGAUACCACCAAGUUUUAUUCCAAGAUUCUGGGCAUGGAGGUCGUGACGUUCAAGGGAGAUCGGAAAGCACUGUGUUUUGGAGAGCAGAAAUUUAAUCUCCAUGAGGUGGGAAAGGAAUAUGAGCCCAAAGCCGCCCACCCAAUUCCUGGCUCCCUGGACAUAUGUCUGAUCACAGAGGUGCCUUUGGAGGCAAUGAUCCAGCGCCUCAAGGCUUAUGAUGUCUCCAUUGAGGAGGGUCCAGUGCCCAGAACAGGGGCAAAAGGGCCUAUUAUGUCCAUCUACUUCCGAGACCCCGACAGAAAUCUGAUUGAGGUAUCCAACUACAUUUCAUCAUGAUUGAAGGCAGCCCUCCUACAUUCUGUUUCCUGUGGUGCUGCCCUCUCUCUUCUCUCCUGAAGACCCUUGCCUGGGGCUCAGAGACCUCCAAACAUGGAGGGCUUAGGCACUGGGGUAGGGCGAGGGCAGGCUUCAAACAGAUUUGGGACAAAACUUCUAUGUCUGGAAGGUUUCUAUCCAAGCUGCCCCAAUAAAUGAAGACCCUCUCCAUUCA